AGCUAAACUACUGAGGGGAGUAAAGAUGCAUUUCCGAACGUGUUUUACGGUGUUUUCUCUGAUGAUGUUGGUUGCAUUAAGCUGCGCGCACAUCGGCGGCCUCUCGCCCUCCUACCAGGGGAUCAGCCCGCAGUACUACUGCGGCAGGAGCCUGGCCAGGGCGAUCGCUUUGAUCUGCUACGAUGAUAUCCCAAGCGAGAAGAGGUCUGAAGCUGGGACUAUGUAUAAUGCAAUCCUCCCCGCAUCCGACAAAGAGCAUGAGGGCCACAUCGAUUGGCCGAGGGUCUCGCGGCACCAAGCGCGCAGUCUGGGCCUUCCAUCUCGUGGCAAGCGCUACGUCGUCAACGAGUGUUGCGAUAAAGCUUGCAGCGUCGAAGAGUUGCUUUCCUACUGCGGCUAGUCACGCGCGCGGCAAUGGAACGAAGACACGGCUUAAAAUACGACUCACGUUCGCUUACAUGUAGCAAAAUCUAUGUAAACCAUUGAUGUUAA